GUUUCUCGAUGCCUCUCGACGCUGCGACAGAGGCGGCAGCAAUACCUAUCGAAGGGCCGAACGCGUCGCGUUGUGUCAACGUAACCCACGGCGGCGGCAGCAGCACUAGCAGCACCACCACCGACGCCUCUUCAAUGGAACCACGGAAAAGAUGGGAUCGCCGCUCGUACAACUACAGCAAGAGCUUGGCUUUACCAUGGGCACGUUACUGGCUAUAAAAGAGAUCAUACAAUAUUCUCCUGAGCCUGAAAUGGGGGCGACGAGUCCUUCAGCGUAGACAUGGACUACGAUCUGUUUGGUGAAGAUGUCAGUGGCUCGAUGCUCGAGGCUCUUCCUGAUCUCGGAGGGAACGAUCACUUCGAUCCUGCGCCUGCGAAUAAUUCCGUAGCGGUGUCCAGGGACGGUCUGAAUUCUGGCCCUAAUGGAGGAGGGAGUUACAUUAGCCAAUCUUACAUUUCCCAAGAAUCUCCAAUACAAAAAUUGACGACAUUCGGCGGAUCUGAAUUUGGUAGUUCGAAUCAGUUGCAAAGCCCGUCGCAGCGCAGCAUGUUCAACCAAAACCUCGGUACGUUCGAUAGUAGCACCACCCCCCAGCGUGCUAUGGUGCCGGGCGCUUUCCAAAAUCAAUCGCGCAGCAUUGCGCCGCAGCAGCACAGGGGGCCGCAUCCAGGUAGCGGUGGUCAGUAUCCUAGCUACAAUGACAAUAUCUAUUCUAUGGAGCAACAGCACUCGAUGGCGAGGGCCAACAUGAGCAUGGACCCUAGCCAGCAAGGUUGGCCGGGUAAUGGGAGCGGUUACCCGCAGAUGCAGAGGCAUUAUAAUCAGAUGGCUCCGCAGCCUGGCGCGUACAGGCAACACAUGCCACCACAGUAUUCUCAUCAGCAAGACCAAGCCGGCGUGAUCAAUCAAAAGAUGCAGCAGCAACAGCAGCAGCAGCAACAGCACUUUGCUGGUCAGCAAGGAAUGAUAAGCAACAUGGGUGUUUUGCAUCAAUCGAUGCAAGCCGGCGCGACCGGCGGUGUUUAUCAGCACAUGGUCGGCCAGCAGCAGCAUUAUCAGCAGGGCAAUUCGGUAGCGGCGAUGUAUCAAACGACUCCCGGCUAUCCAGGCUUUGCUGCGGCCAUUCAUCAGCAGCAGCAGGCCCAGCAGCCGCCUCAGGCGAGGAUGCCGCAGCACCAUCAUCCGACACAUGCUACCCAUCAACCACAUCCGUCUCAUCCUCAACAGUAUCCUCAGCAUCCGAACGCGCAGCAACAGCCAACGAUGGAUCCUCAGUAUACCCAUCACGCCACAUCGAUGUUCAAUCAACCGCAACACUCGGCGCCGCCGCCGCAACAGUUUGGUACAGCGGCAGCGGCAGCGGCCAAACAUUCGACGAGUCCGCAGUAUCGCGCCACGUUUCCUCAACUGUCGCCGCAGAUGUCCCCACGGCCGCAAAUGUCCCCGCGCCCGCCGGCGGUGCAACAGCAGAUGUCACCGCGGCCUAUCAUGUCGCCCGCCAAACCCACCACGCUGUCUCCGCAUCCGCACGUUCAGCUUCCGCUUCAGCAGGGCAGUCAGCCUAACGCGAUGUCUGUGUCACCCUGCCCACCUACGUCCAUGCAGAUGAAUCCAUCGUCGCAGCAGCAAACUACUCUGCAAGCUCUUGAGCAGAUGGUGAUGCCGGGAGUCGCCGUAUCGAACCCCAGCGUCUCGGCUCCGGAUCAGUACAAUCAGUUCCCGCAAUCGCGCCCACCGAUGUCGCAGACACCGAGUGUACUGCCUCAACAGUCGACGGUGCAGAGCCCUAUGCCGGCCCAAGUUACGGGGCCCAGAAUGCCAAUGCCCGCUCAAUCGCACUCGCAGUGGCAAUCGCACCCGCAACAGCAGCAGCAGCAGCAACAACAACAGCAAAUUAGGCCAACUAUGGGUGUGACUGAAGACAGAAGCAGCACAAUGGAGCCUCAGCAAACGCCGAUCAUGUCUGAACAGAGCGCGCCAAUGUUCCCCGUCACCGGGCCGGAAGCUACUGUCCAUAAUGUUGCGGAAACGGUGACAACGACGAGCACAACGACAACGAGAGAACCUACCACGACGACGACGACGGAAGCAGCAGUAGCAGCGGAAAGCGUUGCGCAGAAUCCGAUCGAAACCCCGAAGCAACCGGAACAGCCCGAACCUUCGUUGCAUCAGAGCGCUCAGCAGGGUCAACAACCUGAUGCAACUGUGCAACUCGGCCCACCACAAGUAGAUACCUUGGCACAAAAUAACUCGCAAAACUUGCCCUUAGAUCAUGCAUCUACGACUGCAAAUAUACCGGCAUCUGCGAAUAUAUCGCAGAUCGAAACGGUACAGUCUCUUCCAGCAUCCAGUACAAGUGGAAAUAUGGAAUGCACAAACGUGACAACGUCGUUACAACAGCAGCAGCAACCACAACAGCCGCAGCAGCAGUUGUCUCAACAACAAACUGUUACCGCAUCUGUUCAAAAUCCUAUCUCCGGUAUCGAAAGUCAAAAUGUGUGCGAGACGAAGCCGCAAGAACAAAGUAUGGAUAUACAUCAGACGCCGUUGAGCACGACGCAUUCGCAACAACCUGUAGGACAACCACAGGCACAGCAACAACAACCGCAACAUGCGCAGCAGCCUAUUUGCCCAUCUCAGCCAGUACAGCAGUCGGUGCAGCAACCGUUGCAGCAGGUUCACAUGGCUCAACCACAGGUAGUUCAGCCGCAGGUGACGAUACCGGUUCCUCAGCCGCAAAUGCAAUCGCCGCAGCAAUCACAAAUGAACCAAUCACAGCCGGCAGCUGCUCAGAUGAACCAGCAAAUGCAACAGCAACAGAUAGCUCAGCCACAAGCCCAACAACAGCAGCUGCAACAGAUUGCACCAGUUGCUGCAGCCCAGCAACCGCAAAUUUCUCAACCUCAACAACCUAUAUUGAACCAGACUCAACCACCGGUGCAGCCGCAACAGAUUCCGCCGACGGCGCAAUCUCAACUUGGACAAUCGCAGCCGCAGCCGCAGUUAGGGCAGACAGCGCCACAGCAAGGCUCAACUUGUGUUGCACAGCAGGCGCAAUCAACGACAGCACCUACGCAGUCACAGCCGCCUCACAUGCAACCUCAGCAAGUCGGCAUAAUGCCGCAGAAUGCUGCGCUGAUUCCGCCUCAGAUUCCUCCACAGUUGCAAACCGCUCCAUCGUUGCAGACUUCUCAGACUCCAUCGCAAAUGCAGAAUCAGAAUGCUCAGGUGCCGUCCGCGCAUCUAAACGCUCCGCAGAUACCCACGGUCAGCCAAACCACUGGUAUGGUUCUGCCGCCGCAUCAAGCCGCGGUCCCUGUGCCAAACUCGCAAACUCCGCAUCAGUAUCAUCCCGGAAGUGACAUGAUUACUGGCAACACCGUGCCGAAUAUGUACACUAUGCCGACUAAUCCGACGCAAGUACCGGUUACAACUGGUGGUUUCGGUACGUCUUGUGCACCACUAACGCAUCAUCAGGAACGAGCCGCUUUGCAACAGCAAUUGCAGGAACUUUACUGCAUGCCACCGGCACCGGAAAAUCAAGAGAAAAUAGUUGCUUUGCAAGAGAAGCUGCAGGCGCUACAACAACAUGAAUCGAACGAUCAAUGUAAUGGUGGUCCGCAAUGUAUAUUGCAAACACCGAUGUUUACUGCCGCUGUAGUUGAUAGCCCACAGGUUUCUAGCACAACUGGACGUGGACGCAGCAAAGGUACACCACGAGCGAAGAAAAGCCGGAAGAAAGCUGAUAAAGAGGCAUCAGCGCCUACCGCCGCUCCUCAGCAGCAACCUGAACAACCUUUGUCGGACAAUAAAGUCACUCCAGGUGAUAGUAGCAAUAUUGUAGACAGUGCUGCAGACUCAGAAGAAAUCAAACCGUCUUCCGGGAACAUGGAGGAGGAGUGGCCUAAAGGCAGAAAGUCGCGGUCACCUCGGAAACCGCGCAAACCGAAGGAACCAAAAGAGCCGAAAGAGCCGAAACCUAAGAAGGAACCGAAACCACCGAAGGAACCGAAAUCGCCGAAGGUCGCACGGAAGAGGAAGGAUAAGGAUAAAGAUUCCACGAAGCGUAAUAGAAAAAAAACUAUUCAAUCUGAGUCCGCUGAUGAUGAAGUCGUACGCGAAAGCGAAGAAACUGCCGUUUCGGAUUCUAGUGCUGUUAAGGACUCGGAGACAAAGGUGUGUGAACCGUCUAUACAGGGUGACCAGGAACAGGUGGACUCAUCCACCACAGAACCUCUGUUAACUGAGGGGAAGGAAGAAGGCAAAGAGAAAACGGGAGCCGAGGAUGCCCCGGAGGAGGAAAAGAAAGAGGAAGCUUCGGAAGCGACUACCGCGAGCACUGAAAACGCGAGCAGCAGCAGCAGCAAGAAGAAAUCUGCAUCUAGGAAACGAUCGAGCAGCAGCAAAGUUUCCGGAGGGAAAUCCUCCAGAAGUUCAAAGAAACGCAAGAGUCGUAUCGCGCCCGAUUCCGACGGUGAGGAACUGGCAGCAACCCCUCCGCCGUCACCCGAAGCCGGUGACGACGUAAAUAAACGUCGUUCUGCAAGAAAUACUCAUCGCAAGAAGUAUGUAGAUGACGUGAUGUUACGUUUCUCAGACGACGAUGUUCCUCUGCAAGAAGCGCAGCUCUCGAAGAAGGUAGAGGGCACGAAUGCCUCGAAGCCUGCCGCAGCCAAAAAGGAGGGUGGUGAAGGCGGCGAGAUUGGACCGAACAAACCCAACUUUGUAUACAUUAAUACUACUGACGAGGAUUCUAUGGUUGUGCAACAUAUCUUGUGUUCUCGGAUGGGAAAGAGAGAAGUUAAGCCCGUAGUGCCGAAGGUAGAAGCGCCUCCGGAGAAAAACGGGAACGCGGAGAAGGAAGAAUCGGCUGACGACAAAGAUGCCGCGUCUGAUGAUCCCGUGAAAAAGGAGGAAGACGUAGAAAGUACCGAGAAGGAAGCCAAGGUAGAGGCUACCGAGGCCGAGGACGAAGAAAAAAGCGAGACCGAGAGCACGAAAAAAGAGGAAACAAAGACAUCGGAAGAACCGCAAGUCGUGGAGCCCAAGCCAACUGAAACCGCCGUUGUCGAGGCGAAACCACAGUUUAUCGAAGCCGAGGAAUAUUUCGUCAAAUAUCGAAAUUUUUCGUAUUUGCAUUGCGAAUGGCGAACGGAGGAGGAAUUGUAUAAAGGGGAUAAACGUAUCCAGGCUAAGCUAAAGAGAUUUAAGCAGAAGCAGCAACAAAACACCAACAUUUUCGAAAAUACUGAGGAUGAUCCCUUCAAUCCAGACUUCGUCGAAGUUGAUCGAGUCUUGGACGAAGCAACUCAUACAGAUCCGACUACCGGAGAAACAGUGCGACACUACUUGGUUAAAUGGCGGUCUUUGCAGUAUGAAGACUCGACCUGGGAGUUGGAGGAAGAUGUUGACCUCGAGAAGAUAACACAGUUUGGCAAAUUCAAUAAAGUACCACCUAAGGAGCAGUGGAAGGUGCCGAAAAAGAAACCUACAGCUACAGCUUGGAUGAAACUGGAAGAAUCGCCGAUUUAUAAGAGCAAUAACAGUUUAAGACCGUAUCAAUUAGAGGGAUUGAACUGGCUGUUGUUCUCGUGGUACAACGGACACAAUUGUAUUCUUGCCGAUGAGAUGGGUCUGGGAAAGACGAUUCAAUCUCUGACGUUCGUGGACGCGGUCUAUAAAUACGGAAUUCGUGGACCGUUCCUAAUCAUAGCUCCCCUAUCGACUAUUCCGAAUUGGCAGCGAGAGUUCGAAAGCUGGACAGACAUGAAUGUCGUAGUAUAUCAUGGAUCUGCGGCGAGUCGUACUAUGCUUCAAGAAUACGAAGUUUAUUACAAGAACGAGAAAGGACAGCAAAUCAAAGACUUGGUCAAAUUUAACGUACUGAUUACGACGUUCGAGAUUAUUAUAACCGACUUCAACGAAUUACGCGGAUUUAACUGGAGAAUUUGCGUAAUAGACGAAGCUCACCGAUUAAAGAAUCGAAAUUGCAAGCUUCUGGAGGGGCUCCGGCAACUGAAUCUGGAGCACAGGGUACUCCUAUCAGGCACGCCGCUGCAGAAUAAUGUCAACGAGUUGUUCUCUUUACUAAACUUUCUUGAACCGCAGCAAUUUGCGAGUAACGAAGCAUUCCUCAAGGAGUUUGGUAAUCUAAACAGCGAGGGCGAGGUGCAGAAAUUACAGCUUCUCCUAAAGCCGAUGAUGCUGCGUCGGUUGAAGGAGGAUGUCGAAAAAUCGUUAGCACCGAAAGAGGAGACGGUCGUCGAGGUGGAACUGACGAACAUCCAGAAAAAGUAUUAUCGGGGCAUCCUCGAGCGAAACUUUUCGUUUCUCGCGAAGGGCACCACGUCCGCCAACAUCCCGAAUCUUAUGAACACGAUGAUGGAGCUGAGAAAGUGCUGCAUCCAUCCGUUCCUACUGAACGGCGCCGAGGAUCAGAUUCAGUUGGAUUACAAGACCGGUGAGAAGGAGGAUUCCGAGGCGUACUAUCACGCGUUAGUGAACAGCUCUGGCAAAAUGGUCCUGAUCGACAAACUGUUGCCGAAACUGAAAGCUAGCGGUCAUCGAGUCUUGAUAUUCAGCCAGAUGGUGAAGUGUCUGGAUCUGCUCGAGGACUACUUGCUGUACAAGAAGUACCCCUACGAGAGAAUUGACGGUCGGAUACGUGGGAAUCUACGACAGGCUGCGAUCGAUCGCUACAGCAAACCAGAUUCGGAUCGAUUUGUUUUUCUGCUGUGCACGAAAGCGGGUGGCCUCGGCAUUAACUUGACCGCGGCCGACACCGUCAUUAUCUACGACAGUGAUUGGAAUCCGCAGAACGAUCUGCAGGCGCAAGCCCGCUGCCACCGAAUCGGCCAGCAGAAAAUGGUUAAAGUCUACCGUUUGCUGUGUCGCAACACGUACGAGCGAGAAAUGUUCGAUAAGGCGUCCUUGAAAUUGGGACUUGACAAGGCGAUCCUGCAGUCCAUGAAUACUAGCCAAGGCGGCAAAGAACCCAGCAAUAAACAAUUGACGAAAAAGGAGAUAGAAGACCUGUUGAAGAAGGGUGCUUACGGGGCCAUCAUGGACGACGACAACGCCGGUGACAAGUUCUGUGAGGAGGACAUCGAGCAGAUACUCGAACGGAGAACCCAGGUCAUCACUAUAGAGGCCGAGAAGGGGUCGACGUUCUCCAAGGCGAGUUUUGCAUGCUCGUCGAACCGUUCAGACAUCAAUAUCGACGAUCCCGAUUUCUGGAAGAAAUGGGCGAAGAAGGCGGAAAUUGACACGACUGAGAAAAAGGAGGAAGACGAGCUGGUAAUAUCGGAGCCACGGCGGAGAACGCAGAUCAAGCGUUACGGCCACGACGAGUCAGUCGUGGACAUGUCCGAGUUGGACAGCUCGGACGAGAACAGCGACGACGAUAUGGGCAUCGGCCUGACCGGCAGGAGCAAGAAACGGCGCGAUAAGUUCGGCAAGAAGUCGCGCAAAUUCUACGACGAGUACGUGCCGCGCGAAGGCGAAGUGGUGUACGGCAGUUGGGCACGUAGUGAGUGCUUCAAGGUGGAGCGCGGAUUGCUGACGUUCGGCUGGGGCCGCUGGGAAGAGAUUUUGCAGCACAGCCAGUUCCGACGUGGUUGGCGCGAGAUUGACGUCGAGGACUGCGCACGAGUCAUUCUGCUCUAUUGCUUGCGCUACUAUCGGGGCGACGAGAAGAUCCGCAGCUUCAUCUGGGAUCUGAUCACGCCCAUAGAAAACGGCGAGAAGGUGAAAUGCGUGCCGAUGAACACCGGCGGCCGGAACAGCCGGCAGAAGAAGAAAGGUUCGCGUGUUCGCGAAGGCAGAGAGACUCGUGGGUCGGUGAUCAACGGCGGCCCGAACGAUCCCAAUCACUGGAGCAACGCAGAGAAGUUCGACGGGGACAUCUUUCUCGAGAGCAACUACAGGAAGCACCUGAGUCGCCAUGCCAACAAGGUGUUGUUGCGCGUGCGAAUGCUGUAUUACAUCAAGCACGAGAUCAUCGGCGACUUGGUCCAACACAUCUCCGAUGGCGUGCACGUCAGUGGGUUGCCGAUACACAGUCCUUCACCUUCGACGGAACGACCGGCAAAAUGGUGGGACUCGACAGCAGAUAAAUCCUUAAUUGUCGGCACCUACAAACACGGCUAUGAGAAUUACGACCAGAUGAGGACUGACCCCGCGCUUUCUUUCAUUACAAGCUGUCCUCCCCCUUCCCAGAACUCUCAGAACAAGAAUACCGCCGACAGCAGCAGCCGAGACGAUAAUAGUUUGGAGAACGACGUGGAAGAUGGUGAGUCUCCCGGAAUGACGAAAGAUUCAAAAGAUUCUGACAAGUUCAGCCGAGAAACGCCGGCGGACUCUCCCGCGAUUUCGAGUAAGGCAGACACACCGAUACCGGAAGCCAGCGGCAGUCACGACGGGAACGAUAUCCUCCUUCCGGAUGAGGAAAAGACCUGGCCGUCCGCGGUAGAUCUCAAUACACGAUUGCGUCGCGUAAUAACCUCCUAUCAACGAAGCAUUAACAAAAAGGAGGAGGUCAAAGUUAUCCCGAAAGGAAAGAUGGGAAUGGAGACUGAGACUCCUCCCAUAAAUCAUACCAGCAUGAUGCACGAACCGCCCUUGAAUAUGCAAGGCUGGGAUUUACAACAAUUAGCGAUGUACCUUCUGAAAAUGGAAAAGAGAGAGAAGAUGGAGGCUAUAGUGAAGGAACGAGAACGUACUCGUAUCGAGGAACAAAAGGCCAAGUGGACCCGUCGAGAAGAGAGCGAAUUCUUGCGGGUGGUGUCCACGUACGGCGUUAAUUACGACAGGAAGAAGGCCCAGUACGACUGGACCAAGUUUAAAAGUAUCGCUCGAUUCGACAAAAAGACGGACAACGAUCUCACGGAUUACUACAUGUCGUUCAGAGCGAUGUGCAAGAAGGUCUGCAACGCUAAGCUGAAUGAGGACGAAGAUUUUACAGAUGUUCCAGUGGAUCACUUGAGCCCGGCCAAAGCGAGGCAAAUACUCGACCGCGUGGACCUUCUGAGCAAGAUUCGCGAGGAGAUCCUGUCGCAUCCGCAUUUCGAGGAGCGACUCUCGUUGUGCCAGCCGUCAGGUGACACGCCGGAUUGGUGGCAGCCGGGGAAACACGAUAAGGAAUUGCUGCUCGGAGCCGCGAAACACGGCCUCGGACGUACCGACAUAACUAUACAGAAUGAUCCGGAUUUCUCGUUUCACAAGCUCCUUACGAGGAGUAUGUACGCGGGCACGCAGACGCCUAAAACGAUGGACAAAUCUGAGAAAGCCAUAAAGCUCGAGAGCAGGGAAGAUAUCCUGAAAUUCGACAAGGACGAGAUACUCGUGAAAUUGGAGAAGGGCGAGGGUACCUUGAAAAUCGAGAAAGUUGGAGCUAAAAAAGACAAAGAUCAAAACACUGCCGACAAGAAGCCUGAGAGCGCGGAAUCGGACAAGACUCAAGUGGAGUUGACUAUUGUCAAAGCAGAGGCAAAACCUUCCGAGGAGAAACCUAUCGGUAGUUCGUUGACGAUCACGACUGUCCCGAGAUCGUCGGACGCGGAGAACGUCGCUGUGAAGAGCGAGGAGAAAAGCGAGUUAGCCAUUGAACCCGUCAAGAGUGAUAGCGCGAAAACUGCUCAAACUGAACAAUCAAACGACGAGAAGCCUGCAAAAGAAGUUGGCACAGAAAAUGCAGAAAGCCUCCCUGUCGUCGAGCUUGAGAAAGAAGAUACGGUACAAGAAAAAGAAACCGCUAAGCAAGAGACAGAGCCUGUUGUUGUUGAAAAAUCGGAAGAAGUGCAAACGCAGGAAGCGGAAACGACCGAGAAAAAUGAUGUCGAGACUAAAGAUGAAUCUGAGAGUGUCGAGAAGAGCACCGCUGAGAGUACCGCUCCUAUUGCCGAAGACGAGACUAACAAGACUCCGACAAAACCGGAAGUCGCACCGGCUAAAGAGGAAGUCGAGGUGCAGGAAGUAAAGGGCUCGGACGUUGCUAAAGAGAAACCGAAAAUUGCGCCGAUCGAAGACAAAUGCAGCGUCCAGGCGGCGGAAUUGAAGGCGAUGUUCCCGGAUCUGGAAGUGAUACAACCGUUGUCGCGGUUAACACAGAUCGACACGUUCGUUCUGCGUGACAAACCGGCAGAUUACAAUAACGAGCCAACGGUGGUGCAACUCUUGGCACACGGCUGCGGCAAUGCGACAUCGAUCAAAUGGCCCAAAGAGCACGCGAUUGAAGCUCGUUUGAUGCAUAUCGUGCACGCGAUAGAGCACAAAGAAUGGCCGGUAUCGGUGAACUUUAGUGCUGGCGAGGAGCUGGACAUGUCGCAAAAUGAAAAGGAAUGCUCGGAAGUGAUAACAAUCACCACGGACCACGGCAUGUCCAGAUCCAUAGCAAGCGGAAACAACAUCUCCGCUUCGAAGAAACGCAAGAGGCACAUCGCUAUCGAUGUGGAAACUGAAAGAGCCAAACUUCACGCGCUUCUCAACAGCAGUCAUCUAAGCACGCCAUCGUCCACGCCUCUCAGUAAACCAGUCGUGCUAUCCGGCGCAAGCACCUGGGAGAUCAAUGACGAGUCCCAGUCUGAGGAAUCGCGACGCUCUACGCCGGUUCAGCCACCGCCAGCGCAUCAGCAAACGCGAACGCCGAGUAUACAGUUUGACUUGAAAUAUACCGUUCCAGGAAAGACCACUGUUAUACCCGGGACAUCGAGUACCCUGACACCCAUCGAUUUAUCUGCCGGCUAUCCAAAAACGAAUCCAGACAGCAAUAAAGACAUGAUGAACGAAGUCCAAGACUUCUCCAUGCCAAACAAAAACAAACAAGUCAGUAGUAAUAAAGGGAAACUAGAUAGCAUGUUGGAUAAACUCAUGAAAAGGAAAGCUUGCCCGGUGGAGGAACCGGUGGUCGGAAAGGAAAAGAAACGGAGAAAAUUGGACGAGAUAGUAUUGGGUUUGAGCGCCGCGAAGGAACAGCAAAGCGGCCAUUAUCCUGAGCACAGCAAGAAGAACACAAUCACACCUAACGUCACAGUAACUCCUACCUCGGCACCGAUGGGGCUUCCCAACCCUCCGACAAGCGCCCAGAAGCCGUUCUCAAUCACGGUUACGUCGAUUCCGUCUUCGCGAGCCUCGAGUUCAUCUGCGCCCGUUUUACCGCCACCUUCGUUGCAUUCGCACAAGGAUACUUUCUCUGCGUUGUUGGCUCAGGCCGAACAGCAAAAUCGUGAAUUGAAGAAGCAACAGCAACAACAGCAGCAACAGCAUCAACAGCAGCAGCAGCAGCAAGCUGCCUUCAAUUCAGCGCACUCGUCUUCCUCGAGCAGUCACAGAAAAAGUUACGAGGCGAUGAUCGCGGACAUUAACAAAGUUGCCGAGUUCUCAUCCAAGAUCAGCCCAUACUCACAUGAGGCGAAGGUGAACAAGUGGCUGGCAGAACAGAGCGCCAUGUCGGAGCAAAUGAGUGCGGAGUUCCUAAACGCUCCUCGACGACGCAGACCGCGUGUUGAUCCAUCUUUGUUGGAUUGGAAGAAACUCACCGGCGAGGAGAACGUUGCCGUCAUCAACCGAUUAACCGGCAAAAAAGUAACUGGCAGCAAAGCACCACAAUUGAAACGUCUCGGACAAUGGCUAAUGGAGAAUCCGAUGUUUGAUGUCGAUCCGAAAUGGGCAGAACUCGUGAAGGAACGCGGCAAUCUUCCGCACGAUUUGCAAAAAAGACUACCGGGUAACGAGCGCGGUGGUGUGAAUAAGGGCAAGAGCACGGGUAGACCACCCAUGAUGCCGAGUCCAACGAGCCAACAGUCUACUAAUCCUGCCAAUCUCGUGGCAACAUCCAUGGCGUCCGGUCUCAAUUUCCCGCUCGGCAAUCUGAACAAUUCCCUGCUUUCAGGCCUCUCGCUCGGUAAUUUCGAUCCAAAGAAUAAUCCGCUGCUGAUGCCGUUCGGCGGACUGACAAAUCUAGGUGCGCUCAGUGGCCUUGGCAACCUCAGCAAUCUAAGCAACAUGGGUCUGACCAAUUCGCUGUUCGCCAACCUAGCCGGACUUGGUUUGCCGUCACUUGCUGGCAUGGAGGCCGCGUUGAACGUGCAAGCGGCGGCGAGUGGUAGCGCGGCAGCGGCCGCCGCAGCCGCUGCAGCGGAUGCAAAUCCAACCGUAAGUUCAGGAGGCAGUGGUAACGGAGGUAAGAGCGGCGGCGCGAGUUCUAGUAUGGGCGGCAGUGGAAGCAGCGGUAGCAAAUCACGCGGCAACAAGCUGGAUCAGCCGACAACCAGCAAAUCAUCAGCUGGGCCCUCGACCUCAUCCGCCGUCUCGUCCGCGGCCACUAUGCCAACUCCCUCGCCAUUCCCGUUCUUCUUCUCGAAUCCCGGCCUCCUCUAUACCCCGCUGGGCUUGGGCGGCUUGAAUCCAUUCUCUAUGCAGCCGAGCGGUGUUUCAUCGGCCUACGAGAGUCUCGCGCAGUGCGGCCUCCUGAAUCCACCGACAUCCAGCAGUUCCUCUGCAGCGCGCAAGCCCGCCUCGUCCAGUAGUUCAUCCAGACAACGUGAAUCCAUCCCAGAAUCAUCGAGCUCGUCAUCAUCGUCGAAACGCAAGGAACCUGAGAAAAAGUCAUCUUCUAGAUAUUCGAUGGAUCCGGCUGUGACUUUGCAACAGUACACGGACAUGGCAGCGUUGCACAGUAGCGAGGAGAGACGCCGCGUCAGCGAGUCGCAACAGCAACAACCGCAGCAUCAGCAGCAACACGAUAAGAGAGAAACAGCUGUCGCCGAACAAUCCGAUGCGGUGGCAGCGGCGGUAGCAGCAGCGGCUGAUUUGGCGGAGAAAAAGUCCGAGCGAAAGAGCAAGGAGCAGGAAAUGAAGGAAGCUUUGGAACACCUGAGCAGGACUAGUGCCGAGCUAAUCACGCGCAACAUCGAGGAUGCGGCGCCACCGGCGAGGCCCGAAACGAAACGAAGCCGCAGCAAUACGGAGAGUAGUCAGAAUUCCGAUCAACAGCAGCGUUCGACACCGUCAACGCUCGAAGUUACCCUGGAGCCCGUCAUAAAGAAGACACAUCUUGAGGUGGAGACAAGCGCGAAAUCGUCCACGCCAAGUAACGACGUACCAGUGGUGGAGAUCGAGCCCGUGACGAGACCGUCUCCGACGACGCCGACGAAAGCGGUGCCAGCGUCGCAGGAGGAUGGUAGCGUAUCGCCCGCGGAGCCCGCCAAAAAGGAAGUAGUGAACGAGCCGACGACGCCGACCACGAGCGCGGCGACGUCGCCGUCAGCGCAGAAUUCUAGUGGGAAGAGCGACGGCGGCAAAUCCGCGACACCGGAAGCGGAGGAAGACAGCAAAGGCGGUGCCAAGGCGAAGAAGGCACGUAGCGGAAAGCGACUAAGCGUCGAACCACUGCCAGAACGUAAGAAUCUUCGUUCAAGCGCUGGUAGACAAGCACGAGCAGCAGCUGAACGGCAAGCGCGAAUGGAAGGCGAGAUGCAGCACUCUGAGCAGCAGCAGCAGCAGCAGCAAGAUAGCCACGUUGCGGGUGAGUGAGUAAAGCGGACUCGUCGAACUGCUGCUGCAAAGCGAUAACGACGACCGAUUCCAAGGAAAGGAUUCCCAUGGCCGACCCGAUAUAAAAAUUCCGUGUAGACAGCACGGUCGCUGUCCACGGCCCUGUUUUUCUAUUCCACUGAUUCGACACUACUCGCACAACGAAGAUCUGGAUGUAGAUAAAUUCCCUGUUUGACGCUGGCAAGGAUUUAGAAGCGUAAAGUGUUGUUCUCGAAUGCAUUGAUCGCUCAUCGAGGUGAAAAAUUACGGACAGUGAUGGAAUAGCCUGCUGUAAACUUCGCUUUUUUGAUGAUGUGAACAUGUGCGAACAAAUGGAACUCCUCUGUUUUGUGGGAGAUGAAUUGCGUACUAUUGUAUUGAAAAUAGUGUGUGUGUGUGAACAUGAACGUGAUCGUGCUGCAAGAGAGGUAUAACAGAGAGAAAAUACUCUCGAAUACGAAGACUGCGAUAGUAUUUUAUCAUUCGAUACUUUGUGUAGUAAUUAACUUUUAAUUGCGUAUAAUGAUACGAUAAUAAAGGUAUAGUUUUGUUAAAUUUAUUAUCCUAUACUGUAUCUCUUAUUAGUUUUGACCUGGGACUGUUUUAUAUAAAAAAAAAUAUAUAUAUAAAUAUUAUAAAAUUGUGUAUUCGCCAUUGCGCAUAAAGCAAUUUAAGAACGGCAAAGCGAAGUAAGCGAUAUAAUCGUAAUGUAGAGAGAAAACAGUUACAGUAAUAACUUAAUAAAAAAAGAAAAAAAUGUACAUAUUACACAACUACGCCUAGAGACGAAUAAGUGACAACAGUGUACUUGGAAAAAAAAACAGAAAAGUGUAUAUAAUGCAGUGUACUUUUAAUUACAUUAGGUGAAAUAAUAAACCAGCUUCUUUUGUUGUUUGCAAAUGUC